CUAACCACUAUGAAAUACUAUACAAUUUAAGGAUACAUCCGAAUUAUAUCAUGCCUAAAGUGCACAAGAAUGUCAUCAAAUCAGGAGCAACAAAAUUAUUUAAACGUGUCAAAAUGUCUUCCUCAGGAAAGGAAAACAAAGAAGAUAUUAUAGAUAAGUUGUUAGGAGACGUGAGCAAAAAAUCUGCUACUAAACAAAUUAUAAUUGGUACAACAUCAGGAUGGUUGACCGGAUUUGUAACAAUGAGAGUUGGAAAAAUUGCUGCAUUUGCAGUUGGAGGUGGAAUCAUUAUGUUACAAAUUGCAGCACAUCAAGGUUACAUUAAAAUUAAUUGGGAUAAAAUUCAGAAGAAAGCUGAAAAAAUUACAGAUAAAGUAGAAGAAAAAGUAACUGGUGAAAAAACCAAAUUUUUGGAUAAGGUUGAGAGAUAUGUUGAUAGAAAACUAGAUAAAGCUGAACAAUUACUGAAAAAUGGUGAAUCUCGUACACGCCGUUGGUACCACUUCAUAACUGGUGAAAGCUCCUUUGAAGCUACAGAAUUUCACUUUUUUCUUACAUCAUUUAUAGCUGGUUUAGCAUUCGGUAUUGCAACUGGCAAUUAGGUUUAAGUAUGCUAAAUUUUGAAUGCAUAUAAAAAAAUUAGGUACUUGCGUUUCAAAAACAAUAAUAAAA